AUGUCAACAAACCCUCAAGAAGAAGUGUAUAAGGAAUACUUAAACUACGACUGGAACUCAUUUUCUGAUUUCCAAGAUGGUGUAAAACAAAUUCUAGAUAAUUACUUAGAUAAUUUAAAGGAACUGAAUCCAUCCACAAUUUCAAUUCCAGCAUUGGAUCAACAACAAUUAAUAGAACAAGCUAAAUCAUUUUAUUAUUGUUCUCAUACGGGAAAUAUCUUAAAUAUUGACGAUUAUACACAAUGGAAGUUACAUAAUGGGGAUAAAUAUGAUAAAAAUAAGAAAAUAACUGAAAUUGAAGAGGAUGUUAAGCCAAGUGAAGAACCAGAAGCUACAACUGAUAACGCUUCGUCCGAUCCACCAUAUUCAUCAAAUUAUCAAGAAUUAGUGGAAUUGAUUGUUUCUGGUAAACCUGUUCCUGGUAUAAAACAUAUCCCAGAUACUGUUUUAAGUGAUCAAAGUUCAACUUCAAAGGCAAGUCAAAGAGUUAAACCAUGGGAAAAGAAUAAUACUUCUACAACUACAACCAGUGAAACUUUGAAUUAA